UCAGUUAUUACUUCGACCAUCUUCGGGAUAGGACGCAAAAACGCAAUCGUCCUAAAAAUCCGUACAAUCUGUUAAAAGUUUAAGUAUCAACCCCCUUCCCACGAUUAUUAAAGCAAGAAAUAAGGAAGGUCCAUCCAAACCAAACCAGGGAUUCUCGGCUCGUUCGUUCAUUUUUCGGUGAAACAGUUUUCCAGAACCAGCAUAAAUUGGCAUAUAGUUCUGGUUCGGCAGUGAAACAAAAUUUGUUAAGCUUGUGUCACUGUUUGUUUCUGUUUCAAUUCUGCGGGAUUGCUCUUACAACGAAUACAGUUUAUUGAGAGCGAACGGGUGUAGUGUGGAACACUGGAUUGUGGGUGCAUCAUUACGCUAGCGAUAAGAGAAGCGGAUCAAGUGCGAGAAGAUGAAGCUAAGUGUGUGACUUUAACACUGAAUUUGAAACAUCCGUCUAGUGAGCGUUGUUGGGAUUAGUCCGAGCCGCUGAAGAAGUAAGUGUGGGAGCGAAUUGGUGUGAGAAGUAGUUGAUUUCCAAUGUCGGUUGAAGGGAAGAAGUGCAACCUGCUAUUGGACAAAAAAUGAAUUUACCCACAUAUGCAAAGUGAUUAGAAAAGUGGUUUCCCCCCCCAAAAAAAAAUCUUAAGUUCAGUUUCAUAUGGCCCAAUCAAGUGUCUUCAUGAGUUGCUGCUAGGCAGAUUAUCCUGUUUAACCCCUGCCUUUUUACGUUCCUGAUCCUGUCAAACAACAAAAAACCUGUUCAACGAUGGAUUUCUUUAAAAGUUUGCUUUUCUUGACCCUGCUGGUAGCCUGCAGUAAUGCACGCCCUUCCGAAAUGGGACCGAAGGGUUGCAAGUGGCUGCGCGUCAUAGACGAAAACGCCGAGGAUGAAAACACAGUAACGACUGUGUUGUCGUGCAAGCUGAAAACAAUCGGAGGCACCGAUACGCUGAUGCGGAACCUGACUUCUUAUCAAAUCGAGCGGAUCAACUCGCUGAAGCUCGAAUGUAGCGAUAUUCUAUUUUUCGAGAGCUCCCUGGAAGCCAAUCAACACUCGGGAGCAUUUUUGGGGUCGUUGAAGCGGCUCCGGGAUCUGAAAAUAGAGUACUGCAAAAUAAAGUACGUGCCUUCGAUGGUCCUUUCGACGCUGAGAGAUUUGCGAUCGCUAUCGCUGCGAACCCACAACACAGAUUGGUCCGCAAUGAAUCUGGAAUUCCACCCGGAAAGUUUCCGAGGGCUGACCGAAUUGAAGCGAUUGGACCUGGCUGAUAACAACAUUUGGAGCUUGCCGACUGAUGUGUUUUGCCCGUUGUUUUCGUUGAGACAGCUCAAUCUGACCAAAAACCGGUUGACCGAUAUUUCCCAGCUAGGUUUUUCCGAUUGGGGAAAUGGACCAACCGCUCCAGGAAAAGCUUGCAAUACCGGUUUGGAAGUGCUGGAUCUGUCUCAUAAUGAUCUAUUGUCACUUCCAGACAACGGUCUGUCGUCUCUCCGAUCGCUGAAUGUUUUGUUGCUGCAAGAUAACUUAAUGACGUCGCUGGCCGAUCGAUCCUUUGUCGGAUUAGGAUCUCUCAAAGUCGUCAACAUGUCUAGUAACAAAUUGGUUGCCCUUCCCCCAGAGCUCUUCCAGUCUCCACGAGAAUUACGUCAAGUCUACCUGCAGAACAAUUCCCUUUCUGUUCUUGCACCUGGACUCCUAGAAGGAUUAGACCGGCUAGAAAUUCUCGAUCUAUCUCACAACGAACUGACCUCUGAGUGGAUCAACCGGGACACCUUCGCCGGAUUAAAGCGACUCGUCGUUCUGGACAUCAGCUACAAUAGCUUGACCAAAAUUGACCGACACGUAUUCCGGGAACUCUACAGCCUGCAAAUACUCAAUCUAGAAUCCAACAUGAUUGAAUCAAUCGCCGAUAGUGCUUUCAGCGAUCUGAAAAAUCUGGUAGCGCUCACUCUUUCGCACAACAAACUGAAACGAAUCGACCAGCAUCAGUUCAGUGACCUGUAUGUCCUCAACCAGCUCUACAUCGAGUCGAACAUCAUCGAUACGAUCCACGCCCGAGCCCUCGAAAAUCUCACCAACCUGAACGAUUUGAAUCUGAACGACAACCGGCUGACAGAGAUCCCGGAAGGGCUCGGAAAAUUGCGCUUCCUGAAAUCACUGGACCUGGGCAAGAAUCGCAUCGUCACGGUGAACAAUGCCUCGUUCGAGGGUCUGGAGCAGCUGCUCGGCUUACGACUGGUCGAAAACCGGAUCACCAAUAUUUCACGGGACGCGUUCGUGACCCUUUCGUCGCUGCACGUGCUCAAUCUAGCGUCGAACGCGAUUCGUCACAUCGAUCAAUCGGCUUUCAGCUCAAACCCAACAAUCCGGGCCAUCCGGCUGGACAACAAUGAACUGGAAGACAUUAGCGGUGUCUUCACUUCGCUGCCGGCGCUGGUCUUCCUCAAUGUAUCGGAUAAUCAAAUUAGGAACUUCGAUUAUAGCCAUUUGCCGGCAUCGCUGGAGUGGCUCGAUAUGCACCAGAACAAUAUCACCGAGCUGGGAAAUUACUACGAUUUGAACAAUCUGCAGAUUAAAAUGUUGGAUGUGUCGUUCAAUCGAUUGGUCUCGGUGGAAAACAAGAACGUACCGGAUAGCAUCGAGACGCUUUUCCUCAAUAACAACGUGCUGGAGGAAGUGACGGCUGGCACUUUUUUGAACAAGAAAAACCUAGCGAAGGUGGUGCUGUAUGGCAAUUACAUCAAAAAGCUGGAUAUUGGGGCGCUGGCGUUGACGCGUGUUGGCGAUGACAGAGACAUGCCCCAGUUUUACAUCGGGGACAAUCCGAUUCACUGUGACUGUACGAUGGAGUGGCUACAGGGCAUUAAUAAGCUAGCUCAUCUAAGGCAACAUCCCCGGGUGAUGGAUUUGGAUACGGUGAUGUGCACGAUGGAGCACGAAAGGGGGGCGUCGAUUAGGCCCCUGAUGGAUUUGAACUCGCACGAUUUCCUGUGCCAGUACGAGACGCACUGUUUUGCGACGUGCCAUUGUUGCGAGUUCGAUGCCUGCGACUGUAAGAUGACUUGCCCGGAUCGGUGUAGCUGCUAUCACGAUCAUACCUGGAAGACGAACAUUGUUGAUUGUGGAAAUGCCGAUUACACCGAGGUUCCGGAACACAUUCCGAUGGACGCGACGACGAUUUAUUUGGAUGGGAAUGAUUUGAAGCAGUUGGGGAGCCAUCAAUUUAUCGGGAAGAAAAAGUUGGAAGUGCUUUACCUGAACAAUAGCAACAUUGCGAAUGUGCAUAAUAGAACCUUUAAUGGGAUUCCGAGUUUACGAGUGUUACAUAUGGAGAACAAUUACAUUGAAGAGUUAAGGGGUUUCGAGUUUGACCAGCUAACGAAUCUGAAUGAACUAUACCUGGACCAUAAUGCGAUUGGUUACGUGGGUGAGAAGACCUUUGAAAAUCUCAAGUUUUUGGAAGUGAUCAAUCUGAGUGACAAUAAAAUAAGUGAGUUUUUGCCGUGGCAAGCUCUGGCAGCGGCCUCGGAAACCGGUUCCCUGAACAAAGUGUCGCUGGAGGGCAAUCGGUGGAGAUGCGAUUGUGAGUCGUUGCAUAAGUUACAGCGAUGGAUUAGGGACAUUAAGGGCGACUUCGACAUCAAUCGAAUGAUCUGUGCCGACAGUCGUGUGGUUGGUGAUGUGAUAAGUUCCUGUGAGACUCGGCUGGAGUUUGACAAUGAAGUGGCCCCUCCGGCAGUUCAUCGAACGGUGCUUAUGGGCCAUGGGUUGAUUGGGGGAAGCUAUGUGCCACUUUUGGCAGCAAUUGUUGUGGCCAUUAUCGGAACAGCCUUGGUUGUGGCUUUGGCCUGUGUAUUCCGACAAGAUGUUCGUCUGUGGGCCCAUGCCAAGUACGGUGUUCGGCUAGUGAAGGAUCCCAUAAUUAUGGCCAGCAGCAAACAACAGGACAGUGAUAAGUUGUACGACAGCUAUGUGGUGUAUAGCAUUCACGAUAACGAGUUUGUCGGACGACUUUUGGGGGCUGAGCUGCAGCACUAUGGGUAUUCCAUUUGUCUGCACCACCGGGAUGUGCAAUCGAACACUUUUCUCUCGGAUUCGCUGCAAAGUGCAGCGGAUGCUUCGAAGAAGAUCAUCUUGGUGGUUUCGAUGAACUUCCUGCAGAACGAGUGGUCUCAGCCUCAUUUCCGGGUGGCGCUGCAAUCAGUCAUUGAAAGCAUUCGACCGGCUUACAGGAGGCACAAGAUCGUCGUUGUCCUGACGGCACCGGUUGAACUGGUUGCAAUGGAUCCAAUCAUGAAUAUCCUCAUCCGAACGUGUACUGUUGCGUGCUGGGGCGAGCGAAAGUUUUGGGAUAAACUACGCUAUGCCCUGCCAGAUGUGGACAAGGACCGUAAGCUGAUGAAACUAGGGGACAUUACCAGAAGUCCGAACCUUCGCUAUACUCCGGCACCCACCGCUGGACUCGAUCAAUGGUGCAAACUGAGCCAUCCCGGCAUGGCCGUUCCGGUGGCCUUGAACCAGAGUACGCCAUCCCAGAGUACCUGCAACACCGAAGACGAGUCCUCGUCGGCAUCGUCCCAACACUACGAGGCUCCCAUGAGUCAGCACUACAACAUGAGCCGAUCCAGUGCCUCGCUUGGUCACGUGUACUCCACGAUACCGGAAACGCCCCAGAUGGGGCGCAACGGAAGAGCUUAUUUCGUGUAAGAUAGGACUGUGCUCUCGUUUUUUGUUUCCUAGUUCUAAUAGGUGACCAGUUUUAGGGCCCCUUAUUUCUAUUACAACUUCUCUUGUAAAUUUUGUACAGACAACAAACUGAGAGAAUCUCAUUAGUCAUGUUAUGGAUCGAGUCAAUUCAGUUUUUCGUUUCCCGUUUGGGAGCGUUGCAUAUAGCGUUACACAUCGACACAAAACACACACAUUAACUAACACACUAAAGUUCAGCAAGGGUUUCAUGCUUGCCAGCCCGCAAACUCUCAUUUCUAAUUUGCCAAAUAUAAUUAAACGUAUUAUGAUUCGCUCAAAGAUAGCGUAUAGGAACGAAUGAGUCAGCUAAGAGAAGAAGCCACAAAACUUAUUUUUCCCCUAUAGGAAGAGUACUUUUCGAGGCGCGGAAAUAAACAACCCGAGAGAAAACAAUUAUGACUUAAUAAACGUGAUACUAGUUUUUAUAAAUUACUAUUAUUAACUGAACGAAAUAAAUUUACUAUUACUCCUAAGUGUAUUUCAAAUGCCAGAUAACAAACAUUGCUACAAAUGGAAAACAAAAGUCGUAUAUAUUUAACGAGGAAUAACUGUGGCAGCAUCCAAGCUAGGACAUUAUUACAAACAAAAACUAUUAAAAAUUAAAUACUACAAGUUUAGGAAAUAAUUUCGGCGAAAACGAAAAUCAAACUUUUUGGUAAACCUCAAAGGAUCUAAUUAAUAAUUCAGAGUCUCCAGCAUUACCCGUUAACUGUAAAGUCACAGCAGACACAACAAAUAUUAGUUACCGCUCCCCAUUAGAUGUAUACAUGCAAAAACGAGGUAAAAUCAGUAAGAAAUUCACCCAAAACAAGCAAACAGAAAACACGAAUGCCCGCGAGCAACAAACAAAACACUACAAAAAACAAAGGCUCCAAAACAAAAUUUGUACAUUUGAUUAUAGGAUAAUAAUUUAUUAUGAAAAAAUGAAAUACAAUUUUCAAUUCAAACGAA